UCAGCCCCGAAAUUCCAGUCCACCUUCCCAAGAAAAUUUCGUUUUCCAUGAAAGUUCUCUCUCUCUCUCUAUAAAACCUCCCUCACUCAUCCACUCACUCCCCAUUUUCUUUUUCAUGUCGGCUCAUUUUCUCAGGCCGCCGCUCUUGUCCGAGCCAAUUUUCUCUGGACUCAAACAAAGGAAAAUGGCAGCCCGCGUCCACACCUCAACAACAACUCCACUUUCCUUCGAUCCAAACAGGGCCGAACCCGACGAUCCCGUCUACGACUACGCAAAACUCUGUCGACCCAGUUCCCGGGAUCCCGUUUCCAGCGCACCCAUUUCCCCAAAUCUGCCGAAACCCGCCCGAACCCUAACCGCCGUCGACGGCGCAGAUCGGAACGGGGAUUUCAACGUGUGGCUGAGAAUGAAAGAAGAAGCUCGAUCGGACGGCGAGCAAGAACCCGUAUUAUCAGACUACUAUUUCACCUCAAUCCUGUCUCACGAUUCCUUGGAAAGCUCUCUGGCCAAUCAUCUCUCGGUGAAGCUGAGCAAUUCGAGCCUUCCAAUCGGCACCUUAUACGACCUUUUCCUGGGCCUGCUAGCAGGGGAUCGGGAGAUCAUCGGCGCCGUAGAAGACGAUCUGAAGGCGGUGAAAGAACGAGACCCGGCUUGCCUCAGCUUCGUUCAUUGUUUCCUGAAUUUCAAAGGGUUUCUGGCUUGCCAGGCGCACCGGGUGGCGCAUAAACUAUGGCUUCAGGGCAGAAAAACUCUGGCUCUGGUGCUGCAGAACAGGGUGUCGGAGGUUUUGGCGGUGGAUAUUCAUCCGGGGGCGAGGAUCGGACGGGGGAUACUGCUCGAUCACGCCACUGGGGUGGUGGUCGGAGAGACGGCGGUGAUCGGAGACAACGUGUCGAUUUUGCACAACGUGACUUUGGGCGGCACCGGGAAGAGCGGGGGCGACCGGCACCCGAAGAUCGGAGAUGGGGUGUUGAUCGGUGCGGGGACUUGUGUUUUGGGGAACGUUGGGAUUGGGGAUGGGGCGAAGAUUGGGGCGGGCUCGGUAGUGCUGAAGGCGGUGCCGCCGCGGACGACGGCGGUGGGGAACCCGGCAAGGUUGGUCGGAGGGAAGGAGAAUCCCAUUAGGCUGUACAAUAUUCCGGGUUUAACCAUGGACCAUACUUCCCACAUAUCGGAUUGGUCUGAUUAUGUUAUUUAAGGACCCAAUGAAGGGUCUCUUUGCAAGGAAAUGGGCUUUUUGAUUGGUCCCAUAUUUGGUGUAUUUAGUAUGUUGCAGUCACUAUUCAGGAAACAUGAUUUAUCUUAGUCAUAGGAUUUAACAUUCAUUUUAGAUAUUUUGAAGGAAAAUGUUAUUUGAAUUUCUUAAGCUA